AUGAUUCUUGAAGGUAUUGCCAUUACGACUUCUGCAUCGCUGCUAUUGUUAUAUCUUUGCCAAAAUAAAUUGCUAUAUCCUUCAUGGAUCAAUAAAUAUAGAAAUGUCGACGCUUUACUAUCUCAGGAAUACGAUCUGCCUUACACGAGAGAGAUGUUGACAACAGAUGAUAAUAUACAGAUUGAGGCAUACAAUCUUAAAAAUGAGAAUGGCAAUUCAAUUUCAACAAUUUUGAUCCUAUCACCGAAUGCUGCCGACAUUAGAUUAUCUCUCCUGAUAAUGGAUGUUUUCUACAAUCAAAUGAAUACCAGCGUGUUCAUAUAUUCGUAUAGAGGCUAUGGUAUUUCACAAGGACAACCUACAGAAGAAGGUUUAAAGAAAGAUGCUGAUUGCGUUAUCGAAUACCUCAAAAAUGAUCCAUUUUAUAAGACGAAAAAAUUAAUAUUGUACGGUCGUUCCCUUGGUGGUGCAAACGCAAUAUAUAUUGCUUCAAAAUAUCAUAACUUCGUGAAAGGUAUCAUUCUUGAGAAUACUUUUUUAACAGUUAGAAAAAUUAUACCUUAUAUUUUACCUGUAUCUAAAUAUUUUUCUUUCUUUUGUAAAGAUAUUUGGAACUCAGAAAGAGAUAUCGUCCAAAUCGAUCAAGAUGUUCCUUUCCUUUUCCUAAGUGGAUUAAAGGAUAAAAUCGUCCCACCUUCUCAAAUGAAAAGGUUAUACGAUUUAUGUCCUAGUAGAUACCGUGAACUUUUUGAAUUUAAUGAAGGUGGACAUAACGACACUAUUAUACAGGAUGGAUAUUGGGAAAUAAUAGAGGAGUUUUUAAAAAAAUAUAAAAUGAUUGACAAUGAAGUGAAAAUAGAGGCGAUGGCCCCCCACUUAUGA